GUCGCGCCGGCCGGGCGUCCCUGAGAAGCCUCAGCUGCCAAUGGGGGAGGUGGAGCCGGGGCUCGCGGGCUCGCUGGAGCCUCCGGAGCCGCCCGAGGCGUCGGCGUGUCGCCGGCCCGGAGGGAUCCGGGUCCUGAAGAGAAACAUGAAACGCAAUGGGAGCAGAAAUUGCUUGAAUAGAAGAAGUAGAUUUGGUUCUCGAGAAAGAGAUUGGCUGAGAGAAGAUGUGAAGAGAGGCUGUGUUUACCUGUAUGGAGCAGACAUGACCACUGCCGCUACAACUGCCACCUCCUCCUCCUCGGACCUACAUCUUGUCCUUUGCACAGUAGAGACACCAGCAUCAGAAAUAUGUGCUGGAGAGGGAAGAGAAAGUCUCUAUUUACAGCUUCACGGAGACCUGGUCCGGAGACUGGAGCCCACUGAGCGACCUCUUCAGAUUGUUUACGAUUACUUAUCCCGGCUGGGCUUCGAAGAUCCCGUGCGCAUACAGGAGGAAGCCACAAAUCCUGACCUCAGCUGUAUGAUUCGAUUUUAUGGUGAAAAACCAUGCCAGAUGGAUCAUCUGGAUCGAAUCCUUCUGUCUGGCAUCUAUAAUGUACGCAAGGGAAAGACCCAGCUGCACAAGUGGGCUGAACGCCUAGUUGUUCUCUGUGGUACCUGCCUUAUUGUUUCCUCAGUGAAGGAUUGUCAAACUGGAAAGAUGCACAUUUUACCUCUGGUUGGGGGAAAGAUAGAAGAAGUGAAGCGCCGGCAACACUCGCUUGCAUUCAGCUCAGCUGGAGCCCAAGCUCAGACCUAUCAUGUCAGCUUUGAGACUUUGGCCGAGUACCAGAGAUGGCAACGACAAGCGUCUAAGGUGGUGUCACAGCGAAUCAGUACCGUGGAUCUCUCGUGUUAUAGCCUUGAGGAGGUUCCUGAACAUCUCUUCUACAGUCAAGACAUCACCUACCUCAACUUGCGACACAACUUCAUGCAAUUAGAAAGACCAGGGGGCCUCGACACACUCUACAAGUUUUCUCAACUGAAGGGCCUGAACUUAUCCCAUAAUAAACUUGGACUGUUCCCUGUAUUACUGUGUGAGAUUUCUACCCUGACUGAACUCAACCUUUCUUGUAAUGGAUUUCAUGAUUUGCCAAAUCAGAUUGGCAAUCUGCUAAAUCUUCAAACACUCUGUCUUGAUGGCAACUUUCUGACUGCUUUGCCUGAAGAAUUGGGAAACCUGCAACAGCUUUCUUCCCUGGGAAUCUCCUUCAACAAUUUUAGUCAAAUUCCUGAAGUUUUUGAGAAACUCACGAUGUUAGAUAAAGUGGUUAUGGCAGGAAACCGUCUGGAAGUCCUGAACUUAGGGGUGCUGACCAGGAUGAACCAUAUUAAGCAUGUGGAUUUAAGGAUGAACCACUUGAAAACCAUGGUUACUGAAAAUCUGGAGGGAAAUAAGCAUAUCACUCACAUGGAUUUGCGGGACAACCAGUUGACUGACUUGGACCUUAGCUCCUUAUGUAACCUGGAGCAGCUGCAUUGUGAGCGGAACUACCUGCGGGAGCUGACACUCAGUGGCUUCUCCCUUCGAACCCUCUAUGCCAACUGGAACAGACUGACAGCAGUAAAUGUCUACCCAGUGCCCAGUCUGCUCACUUCCCUAGAACUCUCCCGAAACCUGCUAGAGUGUGUCCCUGACUGGGCUUGUGAAGCAAGAAAGCUAGAAAUACUGGAUAUGAGCUAUAAUCUACUCACAGAGAUUCCUCUGAGGAUUCUGAGUAGUUUGAGUCUUAGGAAACUGAUGUUGGGACACAACCAUGUCCAUGCCCUUCCUGUGCUGGUGGAGCACAUCCCCCUGGAGGUGCUAGAUAUCCAGCAUAAUGCUCUCUCCAGGCUGCCAGACACCCUCUUCUCCAAGGCCUUAAAUCUCAGAUACCUGAAUGCAUCUGCAAAUAGUCUGGAGUGUUUGCCUUCUGCGUGCACUGGAGAGGAGAGUCUGAGCGUGCUGCAGCUGCUGUAUCUGACCAACAACCUCCUGACAGAUCAGUGCAUACCUGUCCUGGUUGGACACCCACACCUGCGAAUCUUGCACCUUGCAAACAACCAGCUUCAGACUUUUCCCGCAAGUAAACUGAAUAAAUUGGAACAACUGGAAGAACUGAACUUAAGUGGGAACAAGCUUAAAACCAUUCCGACGACCAUAGCAAACUGCAAACGGCUGCACACCCUUGUUGCACACUCCAACAACAUCAGCAUUUUCCCAGAAAUACUUCAGUUGCCUCAGAUCCAGUUUGUAGAUCUGAGUUGCAAUGACUUGACAGAAAUACUCAUUCCAGAGGCUCUGCCUGCUACGUUACAAGACCUUGACCUGACUGGAAAUACAAAUCUGGUUCUAGAACACAAGACUUUGGACAUGUUUAGCCAUAUCACAACCCUGAAAAUUGAUCAGAAACCUUUGCCAACCACAGAUUCUACAGUUGCAUCAACCUUCUGGAGCCACGGCCUGGCUGAGACGGCAGGACAGAGAAAUAAGCUGUGUGUGUCUGCCGUGGCUAUGGAUAACUUUGCAGAGGGGGUGGGAGCUGUGUAUGGAAUGUUUGAUGGGGACCGGAAUGAGGAGCUCCCUCGUCUGCUGCAGUGUACAAUGGCAGAUGUGCUUUUGGAAGAGGUACAACACUCUACAAAUGACAUGAUUUUCAUGGCCAACACCUUCUUGGUAUCUCACAGGAAAUUAGGAAUGGCUGGCCAGAAGCUGGGCUCCUCUGCUCUCCUGUGCUACAUCCGCCCUGACACUGCUGAUCCAACAAGUAGUUUUAGCUUGACAGUGGCCAAUGUUGGUACAUGCCAGGCAGUCCUAUGCCGAGGUGGGAAGCCAGUGCCCCUGUCUAAAGUCUUCAGCCUGGAGCAGGACCCAGAGGAGGCACAAAGGGUGAAGGACCAAAAAGCCAUCGUAACAGAGGACAACAAAGUGAAUGGGGUAACCUGUUGUACCCGGAUGCUCGGCUGCACAUACCUCUAUCCGUGGAUUCUCCCCAAGCCUCAUAUAUUUUCCACUCCACUCACUAUUCAAGAUGAAUUGCUGAUUCUUGGAAAUAAAGCAUUGUGGGAACACUUGUCAUAUACAGAAGCUGUCAGUGUAGUGCGUCAUGUACAAGACCCAUUAGCAGCUGCUAAGAAGCUGUGCACAUUAGCACAGAGCUAUGGCUGUCAGGACAACGUAGGGGCGAUGGUAGUUUAUUUGAACAUUGGCGAGGAAGGCUGUACCUGCGAAAUGAAUGGGCUGACCCUCCCAGGCCCUGUGGGAUUUGCUUCGACUGCCACCAUCAAGGAUGCCCCCAAACCAACUACUCCCUCCUCUAGUAGUGGGAUUGCCUCAGAAUUCAGCAGUGAGGUGUCCACCUCAGAGGUGAGCAGUGAAGUAGGCUCCACUGCUUCUGAUGAGCAUAACACUAUGGGCCUGGAGGCUGGCUCGCUUCCCAGGCCAGAGAGGCGCUGCAGCCUCCACCCAGUACCCACCGCGGGGAUUUUCCAGCGCCAGCCUUCUUGUGCGACUUUCUCCAGCAAUCAGUCUGACAAUGGUCUGGACAGUGAUGAUGACCAGCCUGUCGAAGGGGUCAUAACCAAUGGCAGCAAGGUGGAGGUAGAGGUGGACAUCCACUGCUGCCGAGGAAGAGACCUUGAGAACUCCCCUACCCUCCUAGAGAAGUCUUCCACCGCAUGUCCUGAGGAACAUGCUAGAGGCUUGGUUUUUGGGAUCCGAAGACAGAAUAGUGUGAAUAGUGGUAUACUUUUGCCAGUGAACAGGGACAAGAUGGAGUUACAGAAGUCUCCCUCUACCUCCUGUCUCUAUGGAAAGAAACUCUCCAAUGGCUCCAUUGUGCCCCUGGAGGACAGCCUGAACCUCAUUGAGGUGGCCACAGAAGCACCCAAGAGGAAAACCGGCUAUUUUGCGGCCCCCACUCAACUGGAACCAGAGGAUCAGUUUGUUGUGCCUCGUGAUCUGGAAGAAGAGGUGAAGGAGCAGAUGAAGCAGCACCAGGAGAGUCGGCCUGAGCCCAGCGAAGAGGAGCGGACCGAGCCCCCAGAGGAGUUUGACACAGCACUGUGAUUCUGCCCCUAGUGGUGCAGUGUGAGGGAGGGUUGUGUGGUGUUGGGGAGGGAGUUUCAGAAAAUUCUUUGCCUCAGUGUUUCUAACCAUACAUGUGUGGAGUAGAAUUUGGAGCCAAAAAGGGUGAGCACUAUCAGAGUCUGGCUCUGGAGGUGCUAGUACCAUCAUCAGUGUUAAGCUUCACAUUGAACCUGCAUUGGAAUUCCCAGAGGUACUGGGAAGAACAGAUGGUGUUCUGUAUCAGUCCUGCCACCUGCCAUUAACCCUUUCUCUCCUAGGAUCAUUGAGAAUUUGCCUGCCUGGGCAGGAAAGGGACUGUUUCUGUGGAGGAAGUAAGUGAAGGUUGAUUCUGCUAAUUGCUGCUGAUGGAUCUCUGUGACGAGAAGUCACCUUAUUUCUCAGAUGAACUAAGUUAGGGUGAUGUGACUAGUCACAUGGCUUUUUAUUCUCUACGAGAAUACAGCCUGUCAAAAUGAUGUAAACAGAACCAGUCAAACAGGUAGUUUAUGUAUGUAAUGUUAUGUAAUGAGAGCACUUUUCAUUGACUGUGAACUUUUUAUUUUUGAAUCUGCACUCGAGCCAAUCUUCUUGGAGGCAGCCCAGCUCCUUUGUCCAGGUAGAGGUAAUGGGUGUUGGAGCCUCCUUUGAGGGUACUUGGAGGGGCUUUGGAAGUUGAUCUGACUGUUGUGUGUCACUGUGAAAGCCCCUGAGGAACUUGUAGUAGGGUUUUCUUCUGCGGGUGAAGAUGCAAGGAGUGAGAGCUAAGACCAGUUCCCCCAGAUUAGACAGAAUUGGCCCUGGAUAUACUGACACCUGCUAGGAAUUGUGAUCUUAGCAGAUCACAAAGCAGGCACUUGUGUUAGCUUCUUUCCCUGAGUGUGGUAGAGUUGGCAGUCAGCUUCUUGACACGUCAGGCCAAGGCUGGCUGGGAACAGAUGGGCAGACAGCUCACAGAUUAGACUUGCUUCUUUCUGAGGAGAUGGUUUUCUAGAAUGUUAGUAGUGAGUUGAAUGCUUACUCUAUAGUGUUUGACAUUGUACCCUUCUGAACGCUGCUGAUUCACCUGACUUGGUUUCAGAUUACUAGGCUCAAUACCAGAAUAAGAAAGACUCUUAAAUUGAGAAAUUCUAAGCUUACAGAAAACCUGUCAUUUUUUCCCCCCACGUUCCACAUAGCCUUAGCAAACCAUAGCUCCUUCUGUAUUUCUGUUGCUUUUUCUCAUUUGAUUUACUUAGGAAAAUUAAUUCCUAUCUAUUUAUGUAAAUUUUAGCGUUGCUUGGAAAAUGUGCUUUGAAGUUUUAGAAUAUUUCACAACUAAAAAGAAAAUAGAUUGGAACAAUUUUUAUUUGCUUCAUCAGAAACAAAGUGUUAAAUCUAAGAUUGAAACCAUGUAUUGUUUUGGCGGGGGGGGGUGUAUCAAAGCAAUAUUUUAAAAAGCCAGAUGACCUAUCCACAGAUAAUUCUGUCUCCAGAGGCCCUGUGCCCCUGUGCAUGUGCCAAUGGGGGGUACACCCAGUUGCUACGUAGUGUUCAACUCUCAAGAUAUGAACUUGAGCCCCCAAAUUGUCAGGAACACUUAACCUCCUUCUGUGAAACUCCUGUCAAUCACUGAAAAAUGUUAGAACUCAGGUCUUUGAUUUGAGGUGGGAACAUAGUGGUUUUUACAGAGUUUCGGUACCAAUAGAAAAGAUGGGUAGGCAUGUGUUGCCACCUUAUUUUUAUAUGAGGAAAAUGAAAAAAAAAUGAGAAGGCAGGAAAAACAAGAUGAUGGUGAUGGGAUGUAAAUCAGCUUUUAGCUGUAGAAUGGUGGUGACAUCUAAAAGUCAAUUAUUUUGGGAAAUACCACCUUAAUAGUAUAGUCUUAGAGAAAUUGUCUUUUUAAAUGUGAACCAUUUCCUUGUCCUGUUUGUUUACCACCAUACUUAUCU